AAUCUCAGUAUUCGCUACUGAUUUAAUGGAAAGUAUAAACGCAGCGUGUGUGCCACGCUUACAUUGAACACUUCCCGCAGCAAAGCCAAUCACUAUUCCCCUUACCCAUCGCGACUACUAUGAUACACCUGCAGUGUCACUACAGGUACAGAAGUAAAUGAGCACGUGUUAAAAUACGUACUGUAUGACGGGCUUAUUAUAGAGCACGUAUUACGGUAGUGCUGGUCUCUGUGGUCCUUGGCACUCGAGGCGCGUUUGACCGCUGCUCAUUUCGGAUUUCUCUCAUUAGAGUGUCAGCGUCACCUUUAUCCAUACAAUGUUCUCGUUUUCUUUCGCUGCCCUUGCAGCGGCUGCGUCCACGUUGGUCGCCUCCACCGAAGCCCACAGCUACAUGUCCGAUCCAAUGCCGACGUGGUCUGUCGGAUUCCCGAGUACCAACUACGCCGGACUGAUCGAUGGCCAGGACUACCUCCCUGUACCCAAGGGUAUGUCCUACGGUGGGACCCCUGAAAGUAAUACGGAAGCCUACUGGACAGCCUUCAACGCCAGCAAGUACACCUCGCUGAAGGACCUAGCGGACAAGACGAUGGUGCUACAGUCGCUGAGUCCUUUCGGAAAGGCUACCAAAGAGUGCGGCUUCUCCACCCCCAAAGGAACAAAGCGCAACCUACCCGCCAAAGUGCAAUGGAAAGACUUCGGCUACUCCCACCAGGGACCGUGCGAGGUCUGGUGCGACGACAAACUGGCCUUCAUGGACACCAACUGCGCGCUGCAUUACCCGGAGGUGCCUGCGUAUCUGCCCUACGACAUUGAUGUCUGUGUGGGCGCCAAGAUGAUCCAGUCGUACUGGAUCGCACUGCACGGGCUCCCAUGGCAGCUCUACCUGAACUGCGCGCCUCUCACGGGCAAGACGAACAGUACUUCCGAAGCUGUCGCCGGUGAGAGUGACUCAAUGCAGACGCAGACUACAACGACUGCCCCCUCGACUGUCGCGACCGAUGCCCCAGAGGCCACAACAGAGUCCGCCAGCGCUUCAGCUGACAGCUCGACUACAAGUGCCGCGGAUACGCCAGAGACUACAGACACCGACGCCUCCGAAGCUGCUACACCCGAGGAGACACCUGCUACCCCAACUGUGACCACGGCCACCCCAACGGCAACCCAGCCGACUGCACAGACAGAUGAGGGUGCAACUGGCGCAAAGUGCUCCCGCCGUCGCCACUAA